AUGAGUCGCAUCAACGGGAAUAGUAAUAAUAAUAAUAAUAAUCGUGCUUUCUCAUUACCCCCAGAGAAUAUCAAUUCAAAAGCACAUUAUAUUCCAAUAAAGGCAACGAAUAUCAAUCCUCAACAGCAGAGUAGGACACCUGGCGGUGGAAAUAAUGAAAGGGAUCGGCGGAAUAUUAAAGCCAGACAGUCGAAUAAUAAUAAUAACAACAAGAACUACUCAUCCUUGGACUGGGAUGAGAAACACGAUCGUACAGACAGUGAAACAAUGCUUCAAGAAACCCUAAAUAAUUUUGAUAAUAUAACCCGACAAUUUAUGGGUCUAUCACCAAGUUUAAGCAGUUUAAAUAGCAAUGAAGAUAGUGGGUAUGUUCGUACACCAUUUGGAAAUCGUAAGUUAGCAGAUUCAGCAAAUUCUGUUUUCAAUUCUGGUCAUACAGCAUCAGAAGAUUCCACCGGUGGAAGUUCUAGUAAUAAAGAUGAAUUUAUAUUGGUUAUGAUUGAAGACUUGGUCGACUGGUUCACAAAAAUGUAUCCGAAUAUGGCAUCUGGUUUAAAUUCAGAUAAUUUCUUCGAUCGUCUAUCUGAUGGUGUCCUUUUGUGUCAUUAUGCUACGGAGUUACAUAAUCGCCUAGCUGCAGAAUCAGGUAAUACACUUCGAAAUAGUAGACCUAUUAAGUUGGCCAAUUUUCGUGUCGGUGGUGUUCAGGCUAUCCUUCCACCUGCCAGUCCAGUCUAUCAAACACGUGGAUUGAACUCAUCCAACGCUGCAGUCAGCUUUAUUUCACGUGAUAACGUCUCGAAUUUUAUACGUUGGUGUCGUCAACUGGGUAUGCGUGAUUCUACAUUGUUUGAAAGUGAAGAUUUAGUCUGCCGUAAGAAUCCACGUAAUGUUGUUGUCUGUCUUCUGGAGUUGGCUCGUCUUGGUGGACGCGUGGGCAUGUCUAUCCCAGAGAUUGUUCAGCUAGAAGUGGAAAUUGACGAACAACUGGCAAGAGAGAAUUUAUCUAAUGAAUCGUUCAAUCGAUUAGCAGAGGAAUAUUCAUUAUCGAAUCGAAAAACCAAUGGGGAUGAGAAAAAUAAAUCGAUAAAUACUAGCCAACUAGACAGACAUAACCGUGAAAAUAAUGUCGAUUUAACUGCUGAGAAUAAUAAUAAUAAUAACAAUAAUAACAGUAAUGAUAAUAGUAGUAAUGACAGUCAAACUUAUUAUUAUCGAUCGAAUCGUUCUACUGAAUUACGUCGACAACAACAACAACAACAGCAGAAUAGACAACUGUCAAAGAGUAGAGUCAGUCAAGCGCAAAAUCCAAGUCAAAAACAAACAAAAGACACUCAAGAGGAUAAGAAACAGCGGCAGGAAAUUCAACGUCCAGCUGUUGAUUUUCGUUCUUUAGACGAAUUGGUAAGGGAAUUACUCUCUCAGUGUACUUGUAAACAAACCUUUCCAAUGACACGUAUCGGUGAAGGACGUUAUCUAUUUGGCGAUAAAAGUACGCAGAUAUUUGUUCGCAUUUUAAGAAAUCAUGUUAUGGUGAGAGUCGGUGGUGGUUGGGAUACAUUGAGUCAUUUCCUUUCUAAAUACGAUGAAUGUCGGAAAGUGAAUCCGGUUACAUCCUCCAAAAUUGUACCAUCUAAUCAAAAUGGCAAUUGUCCUCAAGUCGAUACAAAAGACAAAAAUAAUCUAAUAAAAGCUGUCAAAGAUUCAAAGCACAUGGGAAAAUACCUCUCGAAUGGUGAACUGAAUAAAGAUUUCAUUGAAGGCCGACUCAAUGCUGUAAAGAAGCGAACAUCAUCAUCAGGAUUACAAGAGAACAAUAAUAAUAAUAAUACCUCAGAAUGUCAAGUAGAAAAACAUCAACAGUCGCCUGGAAGGUAUAACAGUGAAUAUCGUAAUGAAUUUAAAAAGUGCACCAUGGAUUAUUCUACACCGAAAAAGGAGACAGGAAUUUUGAGUAAAUCAAAGUUCUUCUCAGAGAUCAAUCUAUCCACGCUGAACGAUGAUGAAGUCAAUUGUACAUCCCAUCUACCUCGAUAUAAAAUCACCGGUGGAAGAUAUACGCAUAAUAAUAAUAAUAAUAUCGGCAAUAAUAAAACCUCUAGUCGUGAUAAUGAUGAUGUCUACACUAGAGACAACAAUAGAAUGAGAAAUCCAGACAAUGAAAAUAUGAAUGAUAUACAAUCGACAUGGCAUAUGAAUGAAUGCAAAAGUUCGAAUAGCCUUUAUUCAUCCGAUGAAAAGCUGUGUACUAGUACACCAGUAAAACAAAAAUUUGACAUCACCAUUAUAAGACCUUCAGUAAUGCAGGAACAGAUGGAGGAACAGCGAGAGCAACAGAAGAAUUAUGCGAAUAGAUCAUACUUGCCAAAAGACGCUUACUACAUACACAGUCCACGGAUGUGGAGUAAUAAUACUGACAGCAGAAACAAUGAUUAUUAUCCUGUACAAAAAGGUAUGAGUAAUGCACUUAUAAGUCAAGAUUUUUCUAAAUCCUUAACCUCAUUACACAUGAUCCCUAAACAAUCUACAAACCGACGAAAUUCAAAACCACUUGAACUAGUCUCUGUACUGACAACAACAAAUACUACUACGGAUGAGGAGUUGCGUAAAAGUCACCCUCAUCCUUACGGUGGAUUACACCAGUCAUCGUCUACUGCUAGAAAGUAUUCAGCACCGACGAGAAGCACACUGAUUACAGCUGAUUAUCCUGUGAAAGGGAAGAAAUCUGCUUUAAAAAACUCUAAAGCAUCUAAUAGUAAUAAUAAUAACAAUAGUACCGUUAGUAGUAAUCAGAGUAAAAGUCAAACGAAACGUGGCAGAUUCAGCAGCGUUUUCAGUCCUAAAACACCACCGCCUAGUCGGACGUCGAAAACCGGUAAAGCAGUGUCCAGUUCCACAUCAACCAAACACAUCGAUCCUCAAUCUGAUUAUAAACCAGUCCAGAUUGUUUAUAAUUCUGAGGAGAAUGAAAACUAUGAUAGAUUUGACAACAAUGUUGAUGAUAUAAUGAACAGGAGACAUUACAUAAUGAGUAGUACAGGUCGACAUUCUGACAACAGCAACAAAGAUCAUAAUGGUCAAAUCAUUGCUAUGGAGAGUCAAUCAAGACGUGGAUCAUUGAUCCCUGUAUCGACAAGAUCUUAUUCCACAUCAAGAAUUCCAGUGAGACAACACUAA